CACCGAGAGUUCUACUUGCCACGCUGACCAUUCAAGUUUAGGCAUAUUGCUUUUUCUUGGGUAACGCAGAACAUUUUAUCUUAUUAAAUAUCUUUGUAUUAUCAUCUAUUUAUUCUUUAUCAUCUCUAAAGAUCAGAUAUCUGUCUUGAAAGCAGUUUCUGAUCUCUUUUGUUACUUCAUUGUUAUCAAUCUUUAUCGUGUGCUUCCCAAGAAGGGCCGUACCUGAUAUGAACCAAAGCUCAAUCGGAAAUAAGCGUACAUACCCUGACGACUCAAACGAUAUGGACACUAAAAAGUCAAAGCAGGACCAAACACCUUCCAAAGUCAUUCAUAUUCGACAGAUACCUAUGGAUGCAACAGAACCUGAAAUUAAAUCUUUAGGUUUACCUUUUGGUGAGGUAACCAAUAUGCUUCUGAUGAGGUCGAAAUCACAAGCGUUUCUAGAGUUGCAGGAUGUUGAUUGCGCUAAAACUAUGAUAAACUAUUAUACUUAUGUUUCUCCAACUAUUCGUAAUCAACCUGUCUUUUUACAAUUUUCUCAACACCAAGAACUUCGUACUAAUAAUCAAAACAACCACAGAGAUAGUGAUCGCAAUGGAGAUUCUGAUAGCAGACCACAUGGUGGAUGUGUUUUGAAAGUCAUUGUUACCAAUAUUAUUUAUCCUGUUACCAUAGAUGUUCUUCAGCAGGUCUUCCAAAGAUGUGGUGAAAUACAGAAAGUUGUUACAUUCAUACGUAAUGAUCAGUUUCAUGCUCUUAUUCAAUAUUCUAACUCUAAGGAAGCAUCAGCUGCUAAAGUACUUUUUGAUAAACAAAAUAUUUAUAACGGCUGCAAUACUCUGCAUGUGGAGUUCUCAAAAAUGAGCGAACUAGUAGUUAAAUUCAACAAUGAAAAAAUGAGAGACUUCACAAAACCUGAUAAAUCUAAUUAUGAUAACCUAAAUGUUCAAUUACAAGCUAUGCAAGCUCAGAUGAAUCCAGGGAUGCUUCCAGUUCCAAGUUCCUUUCCACCUCAGCUCUUUACUCAAGGAUUUAACUUUGGUGGUGGUUUUCCAAAUAUGAUGGGCAGUCUAAGUCCUAAUAAUAACUUUAACCAAAACAUUGGUGGUGGCAAUCGUCAAGUAUCUGUUCUCCUUGUAAGCAACUUGAAUGAAAAUGAAAUCUCCUGUGAUGACCUGUUUAUUCUCUUUGGUCAUUAUGGUGAUGUGCUUCGAGUAAAAAUAUUGUUUAACAAAAAAGAUACUGCCCUUAUACAAUUUGCAGAUGCUCAGCAGGCAUCUACUGCACUACAAAACUUAAACAAUGUCACUUUAUUUGGCAAUGAAAUGCGUGUAUCUCGGUCGAAGCAUGAUUAUGUGCAUAUGCCUAAAUCUGAUGAUGAAGGGAAAGAAUUAACAAAAGAUUAUUCUAACUCUCCACUUCAUAGGUUUAAGAAACCAGGAUCUAAAAAUUUUCAAAAUAUAUUUGCUCCUAUUCAGUCACUUCAUCUCUCGAACAUACCCGAAUCUGUAACAGAGGAUGAACUCCAGGAAAUGUUUGCUGAGUAUGGAACAAUUAAUAACUUCAGAUUUUUUCCUAAAGACCGAAAAAUGGCGUUGAUACAAAUGAGUACGGUAGAAGAAGCUCUUAUAUGUUUAAUUAAACUUCACAAUCGAAAAUUAAACGAAUCCAGUCAUCUGCGUGUUUCCUUUGCUAAAAACGAAAUGCAAUAAAGCUUAUGUAUAUAGCUUAUAUAUUUAUAAUAUGCUGGCAUUUUUA